UUCAAACUCGCUCCUAUUCGUGAUCAAACUUCUGCUGCCGUUUGCCUACUAGAUCUGGCUUGGACCUUGAACAGGUCUGCAAUUCCGGAUCCGCUUCUGGGAGCAGGGGUUCUAUCGAGAGAAAGAAAUUCAGUCAAGGGCGAGGGAAGAAGACUAUGGUAAUUGGUGCGUAGCGUUCUGACGGGAGGAUGAGGAACAACAAGGAGGAAGAGAAGAAGAAGGAGAGCUCUCUUAAUCUGGACUGGAGAUUCAACCAGACUCUAAGAAAUGUGCAAGGGUUACUGAAAGGCCGUAGUUUUCCUGGUAAAGUUUUACUAACUCGAAAGCCUGAUCCUCCAAACCAAUUCAGUCCCACUAAACAUCCUUCAGAUAUUGAGAGUUCUUCGGAGAUUGAUCUUGGACGUGGUGAAAGUUCAGACAAUUUUGAUGAGGGGGAAAGCCGGGCUACUGGGAUUGUUGCAAAUUAUGCGAUCCCUCAGAAAUCAAAGGCAUCAAUUGCAGGCAAUGACAGUAAAACUGGCGAAUCCCAAAAGUCCCCGUCUGGGACUAGAGCUACUGAUUCAGCAAGAAUUGCAAGGUUCACAAAAGAAUUGUCUGGUCCAACUGUUGUAUUAGAUGCACUACGUCAGCUUGCUUGGAGUGGUGUGCCACCAUACUUGCGUCCUACUGUGUGGCGGCUUCUUUUGGGAUAUGAACCCCCUAAUUCAGAUAGAAGGGAUGGUGUUUUGAAGCGGAAGCGUCUUGAAUAUGUUGACUGUGUUUCUCAAUAUUAUGAUAUUCCUGAUAGUGAACGUGCAGAUGAGGAGGUUAAUAUGCUUCGGCAGAUAGCUGUUGACUGUCCAAGGACUGUGCCUGAUGUUGCUUUCUUUCAGCAACCAGAAGUUCAGAAAUCGUUGGAGCGAAUACUUUACAUAUGGGCCAUCCGUCAUCCAGCUAGUGGAUAUGUACAGGGAAUAAAUGAUCUUGUUACUCCAUUUUUUGUCGUUUUCUUGUCAGAGUAUUUAGAGGGAAAUAUUGAGAAUUGGACCCUUUCGGACUUGACAAAGGAGAAAGUUUCGAACCUUGAAGCGGACUGUUACUGGUGUCUCUCAAAACUACUUGAUGGCAUGCAAGAUCAUUACACAUUUGCUCAACCAGGAAUUCAGCGACUUGUAUUCAAAUUAAAGGAAUUGGUUCGGCGAAUUGAUGACCCUGUUUCAAAACACAUGGAACAGCAAGGGCUGGAGUUUCUUCAGUUUGCUUUUCGUUGGUUUAACUGUCUUUUGAUACGUGAGGUUCCAUUCCAUUUAGUUACACGAUUGUGGGAUACAUAUAUUGCUGAGGGAGAUGCUCUGCCUGAUUUCCUUGUCUACAUAUCUGCCAGCCUCUUAUUAACAUGGUCUGAGAAAAUUCAAAAGCAUGAUUUCCAGGAGAUGGUUAUGUUUUUGCAACACCUUCCGACACAGAGAUGGACCCACCAAGAACUGGAAAUGGUCCUUUCAAGAGCAUACAUGUGGCAUACCAUGUUCGAUAGUUCACCUAGUCAUUUAGCCAGCUAGAAAAAUGUAUUAUUUGAAAUUCCUUUUAGCUUCCUCCUUUGUCCAUUUAUUCUUCAUUUUGUAUGUCUUCUGCGCAUCUAAAAUCACGAGCGAUCAAACUUCCUGUAAUUUUUCUUUUGUCCAUUUGAUUGUUUGUGUGUAACAACCUUGUGGAGGAUGAAUUUAUCAAAUGAGCUUAUGAACUGAAAAGCUUGGGUCCUUGUGCAAUGAAGUGGAAGCAAAUAAAUUGAAUGAGUGGCUGAAGGCAACGAGGAAAACAAUUUUCCA